ACUCUCGUUUCAUCACUUAAUAGCUCGACUACCCCGGAGCGGUGCUAGGACGCAUUUUGGGCGCGUGGAUACAUACUUACUGUCGCUUAGUAUCUUUUGAAGUUUUGUCGCGUUUGCGGUGGUUUCCGGGCGAGCAGGAGCCCAAAUCAGCCAAAGAGAAGAAAGAAGUGCGUUUUUCGCCAUGGGAGCACAGACCUCAGCGCAACCCGACGAAAAGAUCCAGGACGAUGCGUCAGCCGAGGAGCUGAGCGCGGAGGUGAACGCGAUUUCGGAUAGGGAUAGCGUUGUCGACGCCAAGCUCCAGCAGACGAAUGGACAGAUCUCCAUCUCCAGUCUGAUUGGGAAGGUAGUCGAGCAGACAGAGCUCCAUAGCCACUCAGAGGACAACACCCUAACAGAGGAAGUUGAUGGCGUGUCCGUGUCUCAGAAGGAGGAGGUUCCUGAGACAAUGGACUCCCUCCAGGCCGAGGUGCCCCCUCAGGUGAACGGAGAGAAGGAUGAGAAUGAGUCACCUGACGUAAACAACAUCACCGCUGCCGAGGAGAAGGAGGUCGAGGAGAAAUCAGGCGAGGCCAACGAGGUGGGCUUCAAAAAGAUCUUUAAGUUCGUCGGCUUCAAGUUCACUGUGAAGAAGGACAAGAAUGAGAAGACGGACCCGGUGCAGCUGCUGACGGUGAAGGACAAAGACAUGGAGGAAGGAGAGACCAGCGGGUCUGAGGAAACUAAGGAGGAAGCCACCAAUGCAGAGGAGGAGGUCAAAUCUGAGGAGGAGAAGGCAACUGAGCCAGAGACCGCCAUCAUUGACAUUGACGCCACUCCAGUGGACGUCCCAUCUGAGUCUGUGGAUGGAAAGGCUGCAGAGGUAAUCAGAGAAGAGGCCACAGAUGGAGCUGAGGAGGGAGCUACAGAGAAAGAGCCUGAGGACCCAGCUGCAACUAACCCACCUGGCCAGGAGUCAACUCAGUCCCCCUUCAGAAGGUUCUUUACACAGGGAAUCUUCUUCAACCUGCGCAAGAAGGCAAGCAUCAAGAAGCCCAAAGAGGAGGAACCAAAAGAGAAAGCUGCCGAGGAGGAGAUAAAGGAGGGAGAGAAAACAGCAGAGGCUGUGGUGGAGGAGGAUGGAGAGAAAGCAAAGGAAGUGGUGGAGGGAGAGGUGAAGGAGGUGGAACCAGUGACAACACCAGAGGAGGCUAAGCCUGAGUCUUCCCCAGAAACUGAGACAGCGGAAGCACCUGUCGAAGAGAUCAAAGAGGAGGUCCAAGUCGAGGUUGUAGUGGAAACGUCAGAAGUCUGUAUUUCUGACAAUGCAAAACCAGCGGAAGAGAAAGUUGAAGAGGCUGUGGAAGCAGACAAUGCCCCAGUCAAGGUCACCACCGAGGCUGAGCUGCUCUCAUCCCAGGAAAAGGUCAAGGCCCAGGGAAGCCCACUGAAAAAGCUCUUCACUGGGGCCGGCCUGAAGAAGCUCUCUACCAAGAAACAGAAGAAAGAUAAGAAAGACGCGGAGUCCAAGCUGACUGAAUCUGGGGAACAGGCGGCUGAACUCCAGACCUCCACAGAUUCAGCAGAGGUCCAGAAACCUGACAGUGGGGCCUCGUCUCCAGAGGAGUCUGGUGAACAUGCCCUCGGGGUGGAAGCCGCCCAAGCUGAGGCCAGCCAAGAGGCUGAUGGGGAGGUAACCAGCUCAGACGAAGGGAAGAAGAAAGAUGGUAUCAUGCCCUGGUCCUCCUUCAAGAAGCUGGUGACGCCCAAGAAACGCGUCAAGAGGCCCUCUGAGAGUGAGGACGAGGCAACUGGUGAGAAAGCCAAGUCGGCCACCCUAUCUUCCACUGAGAGCGCCGUAUUUGUGGAGAAAGAGAAAGAGAAGGAGCCGGAACCCACUGAGGAGGACCCAAAAACCGAAGCCACUGAAAAGCUGGAGGGCAGCACUGAGGAGUCCAAAAGGAUGAAGAUGGACACCUCUGUCUCCUGGGAGGCCCUUAUGUGUAUGGGCGGCAAUAAGAAAAGGACCAGGAAGACCUCUGACUCUGAAGAUGAGGAGACCAAAAUUGAAGAGGAGGCGCCACAAGCUGGAGAAGAGCAGGCUAAGACCGCAGAGUCUCCUCUCGGCAGCUCCAGAGAGGCAGAUCAGGAAAACACGGUGUCGUCCCCCGAACCAUCCACUAGCCCUGCCGCGGGAGAGUCCCCCUGGGAUACUCUCAAGCGUCUCGUAACCCAUAGGAAGAAGCCCAAAGCCGAGGACAAGACAGAUGAGUCCGGUGCCGAACCGGUUGUCUCAGACAGUGAAAUCCCAAAAGAAGAUUCCUCUUUCUCUCUGAGGAAACUCAUCCCUGGACGCAGAAAGAAGAAGCAGCUUUCCUCCGAUCUGGGGUCUGGCGAGGAAGACUCUGACACACCAGCCGUGGUCCCUCUCUCAGAGUACGACAACGAGCAUGCCAAGACUAAAGAAGAGGCUGAAUUUGAGAUGACAGUGGAGACAGUGGAUGCUAAGGAGGCAGCACCAAUCACUCAAGCUCAAUCAUCCACCGAAGAGAGAUCCCCCUCUUGGAUCUCAGCGACGGCGGUUGUGGAAAACCUCCAGGAGAUUCCACAUGAUCAGCUGAGCGACAUCCCAGAAGAGGGUGCCGCCACCCCCAAGUCUGCUGACACCACCCUCGCCGAGGACAUUGUAGAGCAGACUUCAGAGGCGGUCACAUGCCUGGAGCAGAAGCCUGAGCUGUCUGUUGCCGAGGUGACUGCAGAGAUGAUCCCAGCCAUGUCUGGAGAAACCACCCCUGUGCUCUAUGAGCCUGAGCCAGAGUCUCUGCAGGUCCUGCAGGAUGCUGUGGAGCUGGUCAAUGAGCUCCCAAGUCUGACUUCCGUAGAAAUCACAGAGGUCCGACUGGAGGAAGCUGCGUCCAUCCCAGAGCCCACACCGCCGAUCGAGUUCACUGAGAGCGAAUCAAAGGUUGUCUUGAUGGUGCAUAUAGAAACUGAGGCCACCGCCAUCUGCACUGGCCUGGGCACCAAGGAGAUCGCCAAGGUGGCGGUGGAGAAGCCUGUUAUUCCCACCGUGGAGUGUCUAGCUGAGAUCAGCUAUGCUCUGUCUGCUGAGCUGCCAGUGGAGGAUAAGGCUGAUCCAACUGAGGCAGCUGAUGCUACUGAAGACCCAGUGUUUGAGGCUCAAGUAGAGCAGGUCGAAAGCACAUUCCUGGAGACUCCCCUAGAGAAGACUAUUGAAGACAUCCCAGAGCCUGAGAUAGCCACUGAGGGUAAAGAGCCUGAAGUUGAAAAGGUUGCCAUGAUCAAUGAUAUCCAGACGGAGGCUGAAAUCAUCGAGGCCCCUGUAGUGACUGAGAACACCCCCAGAGUGGAGCUGGUAGACCCCAUCGCACCAACUGUCGAAGAAUCCAUUGCCGGUGACAUUGUGGAGAUCUCUGAGGCACCUGUCGUUGAGGUCAAAAGUGAGGAGAUGGAGGUGGAAGAGACAGCUGCCAUCAAAGCGAUCGCUCCUGUAGAGGAGGUGAAUGAGCCCGUCGCAAGUGAAAUGGCUACCUCGCUAACUGACGUCGAUCAGGCCACAAUUACUGAGGUGUGCGAGGCAACCAUUGCUGUUGUAGCCCCUGCUGAAGAGUUCACCAUUGUCAAGGAGUCUGUGUGCCUCAUCAUGUCCAAGUCCGUGAAAACCCAGCAAGUGGAGGUCCCGGAGGCAAUGCCGGUGGAAACGGUCUCAGUGGCAGUUGCAGAGCCUGCUGGCAAUGACCAAAUCCAAGUGAAAGUGACUGAGGUUGGCGUUACAGAGGCCGAGGAGACGAAGGAGGCAGAGGCCAUGGAGGAGACAGGCUUGGUCAUUGCUCAGGUGGUCAUCCUGAACGCUGUGGAGAAAGUGUCUGAAGCAGAGACUGAACCCGAAGCGCCUGCCUCCGUCGCUGCCACCAUCACACCUGAAGACACACUACCAGUCCAGGCAGUAGCAACAAUAGAGGAAGAGAUUGAACAAGUAGCAGAGGAGAAACCUGUCAUUGCUGAAACUCUUGUAGUCCAAGUUAAAGCACCAGCACCAGAAACUCCAGCAGAGGAGCCUGCUGCUCCAGAGGCACAAGCCAAGGCUGAAAAACCACCAAAGGAAGUCCAUGAGGCCGUCCAGGUCAUUGAGACAGUUCCAGUCAUAGUUGAAAUCACAGAGAUUAUCAUGGAAGAGGUUACCAAGGAGGCGGAGGAUGUUGUCAAAGAGGAAGUAGAGGAGAUAAAACAGGAAGUGGAAUUAAAGCAAGCAGUUGAGGUCAACGUAAGUGAGGAGAAAGUUGUAGAGGUUGAAGUUGUAGCAAAGGUGGAACAGAUAGAGGGUGAGACAGAUGGAAAGGCAGAGGAGGUGAUCAAAGAGGUAAAGAGCAACGUAGAGGCAGUAGAGGUUCAGGAAGUUCUACAAGCUGAGGUAAUCAAGCUGGUUCAGGAAGUGAUAGCAGAGGUUCCCGCUCCAGAGACAGCUGAUGAGAAGUCAGAAGCAGCGGUGGUGACAGAAGAGACCCCAGUCCCAGAGGCGCCCACAGAGACCCCCAAAGCCCCAGCCCAGCCAGAGGAGACGACUGUUGAGGUUGUGGUCCCACAUACAGCACAGGUGGUCAAUCAGGCGGCACAGAUCGUUGAAGUGAAGGAAGCAGAGGAAAUCCAGAUGGAGGAGGUGGUGGAAAUCGAUGCCAUUGUUACCGCACCAGAGACAAAGGAAGCCCUGGCUAAAAAAGACACGCCAGCCCCUGAACCGACACCAGACACCCCGGCUGUGGCUGCCAGCCAAGAGGCCCCUGCUAACAUCGUGGAGGAGGAGGUUGCUGUCGCCAUGGCUGUGACAGUUGCCAGACCAGCGGAGGCAGGGGCAGCGGCAGAGAAGGCGGCGUCAGUGAAGCGUGUGGAGAUGAUGGCGCAGGUGAUCGAGGUGAUCGAGGAGGCGGUGAGGGAGAUCGAACCUGUCUCCUCCACAGAGCUCACAGCUGCAUCGUGAGCAGCUGUAGAUGCAAGAUGGUUGGCUGGGAGACAGACUGUCCUGAUCAGGAAGUGAGUGAUAGUGAGAAAGUGAGCGAGAGAGAGAGCAAGAGGAUGCUCUGUGGAGACACACUGAGACUGAGCUCCACCCCACCCUGCCCAGAGCGACUGAGUGACUGAGCGACAACUCCACCCCUCUCUCCUUCCCCCCUGCCCCUGUCCUGCAGCACCAGCCCGUCACACAGAGGUGGCAUCCCCACCCCACUGGCCCUCCAGAGGUGAAGCAUCAAUCUCCCUACACACACACACAAACUAAGCCUCAGUCCCGCACCUUUGAAGCUUCCCAUCUGGCUUGUAAUCAAUGUGAUGUACUUUUGCUGUUUUGACGACCUUCCAUCGCCCUUGCUGUGGCUUGGGAGUCUGCUGUCCCUUGGAGAGUGUGGUGUGUGUGUGUGUGUGUGUAUGUGUGUGUGUGCAAGAGUUAAGAGUGAGUGUGUGUGUGGUCUCAGAGUUGGAGGAUUAUUAUCUUGUAUAUUGUAUUUAUAUCUUAUGCGUAUUCGCUCAUUCCCCCCUCCUUUACUUUUUUUGUAUGGAAUAUGUGACCCAUUUUCUCAUACAUAUGUAAGACUUAGAUUCAAAGAUAAUGUCUGGAUUUAGCAGAAAUUCUAACUAAACCAUGGUACAUACAGUAUGUGAUUUCAAUGGCAGUGUCCGAUAUCAUUGAUUGCAUUGCAGACGAUGACUUAAUGUGAAUAGAAAGGGAGUGAGGUGAAAGCCAAUAGAAGUGCAACAAUCUUACAAACUUUAAGCUUUGACAUGUUCUCUGUCACACUGUACUUCCCUUCACCUUUCAGCCUGACAAUAUAUUUUCAGCUCCUACUGUAGAUAAAGCAUACUUUACUGCCUGACUGACUGUGAAAAAAAGUAUUGUUACUUUCUGAAAUAAGUAUGCCUUUGAUUAUCGUGUAAAAAUACAAUAAAACACUAUUAUCUCAGCCUGGUUUGAUAAUGUGAGAGAGGUAUUUGGUGACACUGAAUUAUUAAUAUGCAGCGUACUAUGAUGGACAUACACUUGCAUGGGGAGAGUAACAUAUAUCUCACAAUGUUAGAUUGUCUUGUAUUUUCAAGUGUAUGACUUCUGUUAACGUUGUGUGUAGCACUUCAAAAUAUGUGUAAUUGCUUGCUCUCUUGAAAUGGAGAUCUAUCCAUCCAUCUCUGGUGUACAGUGUAAGCUCGCAGGGAGGAGUGUACGGUAGUUUGGAAUGUACACCAGUUAUUUGGCGCCCUCUGCUGCCGAUACAGUCUAUAUCACGUCUCUCAGUCCAUAUAUGUUACCUUUCCCACUGGUGAGUGCUGUUAUUUUAUGUUUAUGUUGGAAAUGUUUGCAUUUCAUUACAUUUUUUAAUUAACAUUGUUCGCUGUAAAAUACAUUCCACACACACACACAUGCAUUUCAUGUUGUAACGUGUGACAGUACAGUAAGUUAUAAGACUCUGCUGCAAGGCAGGGGACACAGAUUUGGCACCAGUGAGGUUUUUAGACGGCACAAACUACUCAAUCAUAAAUCACAUGGUACCAGACAAACGAAAAUCUUAUUUUGAUGUUUAUAUGUAGCCAAGCCAAAUUGACUUAGGGUAGGUUAUCCAUGGUUGCUAACAUGAUAUAACAUCAGCAGGAAGAAAUUAGACCAUGAGAUCUCAUUUGUCUCAAAUGCCUGAUUCUGGGUCAGCCUGAUUUACUUAUCUUCAAGUAAUCUUUUAUUUACCAAUGACAUUUCAAAUGCUGGUUUUGGGAUCAGUUAGAGUGGCUAGAUAAGCCAAUUCUACUGUGGGCACAUACUGUGAGAAUGGAGUGCUUCCUAUUUAUCACUCAGAUGUCAAAAUGAUGAUUGACAGUAUAGCUCUAGGCUUUACACCUCACAAAGCUGACUGACCAAUGAGACACGAGAGAAAUCCUAGAAGCCUAGACCACUAUAUCUGGUCACUGUUUAACUUUACUUUGACUCUACUGUAGAUUUGUCACACACAUCCAUAAUGUUUGUUUUAUGUAAAAUAGUAUAAAAAAUAAAAUAAAAAAACAUAUAUUGUGUUCACUGCUUAUUCUACUGCAUUUGGUUUGGAUACCCCUCCACCUUCAAUCCUCCCAAGCUUUUUGUAACACAAUCUAACUGUGAACCUGGUAACAUUUGUACAAAUUGUAUACCUAUGUACUUAACAAAUCAUAUUGUAAUAAUAACCUAUAAGCAUUAAGAAUAUAAUGUAUCUGUAGCAUGGACUUAAUUCUGUCUUUUACAUUUUCCAAGCUGUUAAUAGUACAGAUACAGAAACCUGUCUAUAUUUCAUUCAAAAAUAAAGCUAGCAUUUUAAAAAUGUG